AUGCACUUCCCGAAGGUGUCGAUACACAUUGGUAGUCUUCUUAGAUUCAUCGUCCACCACGUCCGCCAUCUUCAUCAGCUUCUUCGUCUCCAGCUCCUGGAUCUGCCAGAAAACCCUAUUUUUUUCUCUAUAUCGUCCACCACGUCCACCAUCUUCAUCAGCUUCUUCGUCUCCAGCUCCUGGAUCUGCCAAAACCCCUAUUUUUUUUUCUUGAUAUUUCAUCACCACCAACAUCUUCAUCAACUUCUUCAUCUCGAACUCCUGGAUUUCCUACAAAAAUCGGAUUUUUUUCUCUUGAUAGUCCACCUCCACCGCCUUCUUCAUCCACUUCUUCGUCUCGAACUCCUGGAUUUUGCAGAAAAGGGCGACCCACCUCCACUGCACAAAAUGCGUCCGCUCUCUUAA